GGAGAGAUGCAAAGGAGCCAACGAAGAAAGGAACCUCCUUCCCUCUCGAGCAGAGAGAGAGAGAUCGUUUGGUGCUUUGGCGUCCGUCCAUCCAUCGUCUCCCUUCUUCUCCAUCGUUUUCCUGCCUUUCCCCUUCCGCUGGAUUUUUUCCCGGAAAAUAAUAGCAAUUACAGAACGAGAAGGGAGUAGUCGAAGAAGAAGAAGAAGAAGAAGAAGAAGAAGAAGAGGAAGAAGAACAGCCAAGACGAGUCGAUUCUGAAUCUGCUUGAGAUUGGUAAAAGGAAAAGAGUAGGUGGGUUUUCGUGCAUUUUGCCGUCGUGGGUGUUCCUCUUUUUUUCCCUUUCUUGUCCUUUAUGAAUGGAUUUGGACAACAUUGAGUGCGUAUCGAUUGUGGAUGGCGGGGACGAGAGCGAGAUCCACAACCACCCCCACCACCACCACCACCACCUCCACCAGAACAAUCUCCACCCGCCGCCGUUCUCGUCGCCGAAGCCUCUCAAUGCCGCCAGCCCGCCUCCGAACGGCAUUCUGGGCCCCACCGCCAUCACCCCGGCCACGAGCGUCCACGAGUUGCUCGAGUGCCCCGUGUGCACCAAUUCCAUGUACCCGCCCAUUCAUCAGUGCCAUAAUGGACAUACUUUGUGCUCAACCUGUAAAACGAGGGUGCAUAACCGUUGCCCUACCUGUAGACAAGAGCUCGGUGAUAUUAGGUGUUUAGCAUUGGAGAAGGUGGCAGAGUCACUCGAGCUCCCCUGCAAGUAUUAUUCAUUGGGAUGCCCAGGGAUAUUUCCAUACUACAGCAAACUCAAGCAUGAGGCAUUGUGCAAUUUUAGGCCUUACAACUGCCCUUAUGCUGGAUCAGAGUGUUCUGUCGUUGGCGAUAUCCCAUUUUUGGUCUCACAUCUGAGGGAUGAUCACAAGGUGGACAUGCACACAGGAUCCACAUUUAAUCAUCGUUAUGUAAAAUCCAAUCCUCGGGAAGUAGAAAAUGCUACAUGGAUGCUAACUGUAUUUCAUUGUUUUGGUCAAUACUUCUGCCUCCAUUUCGAGGCCUUCCAGCUUGGCAUGGCCCCUGUUUACAUGGCAUUUCUCCGUUUCAUGGGCGACGAGACUGAGGCUCGGAAUUACAGCUACAGCCUAGAGGUUGGAGCGAAUGGCCGGAAACUCAUAUGGGAGGGGACCCCACGAAGCGUCCGCGAUAGCCACCGGAAGGUCAGGGAUAGUCACGAUGGCCUUAUAAUCCAACGGAACAUGGCGCUUUUCUUCUCGGGUGGGGAUAGGAAGGAGCUGAAACUAAGAGUGACGGGGCGAAUAUGGAAGGAGCAACAAAAUCCAGAGACUGGAGUUUGCAUACCGAAUUUGUGUAGCUAAGGCCAAAGUGAUUUUCGAUGCAAUUUUCCGAAUUAGGAUUGGGAAAACUGCAUUCCUUGUCGUACCUGUGAAAAUUUUCUGUUUAUUGCAAUGGUCAUUGAAGUUUUGAGAAGUCUCUGAGGUCUCUCCUGCUGUUAACUGGAUGAUAAGCAUCUUGAUCAUCAUCGUGUGACUAAUAACAUUUGGCUCUAGAGUUGUGCUCCACAUAUUCCAAAUUGAAGUCAUCAGGAAUUCUCUCUUCUCUA